GUAGUGUGAGAGAGGAAACCCGUGUACUUAUUAUUAUAGCGUUACAGCAUAUGCUAUAAUCAUAAACGGCAGAUAAGAGGCUCCGAUGAAGCGUCUGGUUGUUUCCGGCUGCGUUCAAUGUCCAUUACUCGACGUUGGACUUCUCUGUUUAUAUUCCGCUUAGCCGUCUCAAAUGUCACCGAGUACCGUUGCUGAUGUAAUGCUGUAAUAACCGGUCGAUGCGUUGGACUCUGAUUCAGUGGGGGACCCGGACUCUGUUCAUGAGGGUCAGUGGGGGACCCGGACUCUGUUCAUGAGGGUCAGUGGGGGACCCGGACUCUGUUCACGAGGGUCAGUGGGGGAAACUGACUCUGUUAAUGAGCACGACUGCCGACGGGAAGAAGCUGUUUGUGUGGCGUGAGGUCUUGGUCCUGAUGGACCUCAGCCUCCUGCCAGAUGGAAGGGACACGAACAGUUUGUGUCCAGGGUGAGAGGGGUCGGCUACAAUCUUCAAUCUGGGGCGACUGUAGAGAUCGUUGGUGAGACUCGCCACGUACUUCUCAUAGUCAUGAAGGACAGUACGAAAGAGGACAUCAACAGUUCAGUCACCAUGACAACCAAGCGUGGAUUGAUAACUGAUUCCUUCAAGGUGGUGAAGAAAGCGAGGAAUGGAGUGAAACGAGAGAAGAGGCCUCCUACUCCUCCGCCGCAGAAAGAGCCUGAAAGUGAAAUGGCCCACGAGGAGGAGCUGCAGAGACUCAGGCAGUUUGAUCUGGAUUGGAGAUUUGGGCCGUGCACAGGUAUCAGCAGGCAGCAGAGAUGGGAGAGAGCAAAGCGUCAUGGUCUGAGCCCACCUGAGGAGGUCAGAGACCUGCUGUUGCAAACACACACUGGUCCCGAUUACAACCUGAGCCUGUGGAGUGAAUAUCCUUUGUGAGGAGGAUGUCGUAAGGAAGAAAAAAAUAACGCAGAUUCCAACAAAAGCCAAGUUAAUCAUGUUUCACCACAAAUGCCAAACAGGUCUCUCAGAGGGAUUUAUAUCCUUAAGAGGUGAAACCUUAAGACAAGCAGCAGAGGAGGGGUCAGAUCAACGACAGAACAUCCAGUCUCUUCUUGCACUUCUACAAGGUUUUCUUCUCCAUGCAACGGUUGUAAUUACAUCUUUUUAUUAAAAAAAACUACUGUCUCCUUCUA